AUGAAAAUAAAAUCGAUAUUCAUAUUCUCAAUUUCCAUCAUUUUGGUGCAAAGUGAGCAAUUCUGGAAGCUCUCUGCCGAGGAGAACGAUGAACGUCUAGCGUCAUGUGGACAGGAGCAUCUUCCCCGCCGCUUCACAGACGGAGUAUCGUUCAAAGUUGACCCAGCCAAAUGGACGCUUACUCUGGAAAAUAGUAUGGCAAACUCAAAAAUUGUCACAACUGCGAGCAUGAUUUCUACUCGUCAUUUUUUGAGCUCUUCCCGAGCAGUUAUGGAAGGUGACACGUGGAUUUACGAUGAAGGAAAUGUUAAAGUUCAAUGCGAGAAGAGUGGGACAAAACACAUCAACGUCCCCGGCAACGCUCUUUCCACGUUGAGAAUUAUUGGAAAAGUCUGUCCACACCCGUCCUACUGCCCGAAAAUGUCAUUUAUACUUGCAAGGCAGUGAUUCUGAAUGGAUGUCUGGAAUCUUCAAAUACGACAUAUUCCCAUCCAAUGAUCAUUCAAAUCAAUCAGGAUUCGCCGGUUUUCACCAGUUAUCCAUGCUUGGACGAUGGCAGCACCCGGCUCCGAACCUCUGAUCAGGUCGACGCGUUUGGUUUCAAUUUCAAUGGAGAUUUGAUGCAUAGAACAGUUUUCCUGAAACAUCGUACUUAUUCCCACUACUACGUGGAUUCUCGGACCCCAAGUUCUAUGUGGAAUGCACCGGAAGCCUAGUAUUGGAGUGGUCCCUUAAUGACCAAAAUUGACAAGAAGGAGACGACCAUUGGAACUGGAGUUAGAGUUCAAGAACAAUGAAUCGUUCACCUACUUUGCCAAAGCCAAACAGAUUUAUGGAUACCUCUGCGACUUGGUGGGCAUUUGCUCCGAAGCUUCUACCGUGUCUGUUCCAACAGUACCUAGUCCAAAAUCAAUUGCACCGACCUUCACUGCAUCAAUUUCCAACAUAUCUGAAACUAAGAAAAGCCUGAAAAAGACUACCAGACCCUCAGAGGCUGAGCCUGGGCCAAAUGAAAAAUCAACAGAAGCUGAGGAGCCAGACUAUUCGGACCUGGAUUUAACUUUCAGUGCGAACUACUUAAAGUCGAGUUGGAAUAAGAAGAGCAUUUGGAUUCUGAUAACUUUUAUGAUUAUUUUGUGUAUUUAA